AUGGCAGACAAGGCCCUGGAGGGCGUGCGCAUCCUGGACAUGACCCACGUGCAGUCGGGUCCGUCGUGCACCCAGAUUCUCGGAUUUCUCGGCGCCGACGUCAUCAAGCUGGAGCCCCCCGGACGCGGCGACAUCACCCGCGGGCAGUUGCGCGAUAUGCCGGAUGUGGACAGCCUCUACUUCACCAUGCUCAACUGCAACAAACGCAGCAUCACCCUGAACCUCAAGAGCGAGCAGGGCAAGACGAUCUUCACCGAGGUGCUCAAGACCUCCGACGUGGUGGUCGAGAACUUCGGGCCGGGCGUGCUGGCCCGACUGGGCUUCCCGUGGGAGACGAUCCAGGCGAUCAACCCGCGCGCCAUCUACGCCUCGAUCAAGGGCUUCGGUUCCUACGGCCCAAAGAAAGAUUUCAAGGCGUACGAACCCAUCGCCCAGGCCAUGGGCGGCUCCAUGAGCACCACCGGCCUGGCCGACGGGCCGCCGCUGUGCACAGGGCUCGCAGGUCGGCGAUUCGGGCUCCGGCAUUCACAUGGUGGCGGCCAUUCUGGCGGCGCUGACAGCGUGCUCAAUCUGGUUCGCGUCAAGAUGCGCGAUCACCAGCGGCUGCAGCGCGGCCCGUUGCCCGAGUACCCAAUUGAGCACUUCGACGACGCGGUGCCGCGCUCCGGCAACGCCUCGGGCGGCGGUCAUCCCGGUACUGCCCUGCGCUGCAAGCCCGGCGGCCCGAACGACUACAUUUACGUGGUCUUCCAGCCGCAGAUAUGGGACGCCCUGUUGCGCACCAUGGGGCGUGAGGACCUGAUUGACGAUGAGCGCUUCGCCACCCCGGCGGCGCGCCUGCAGCGUCUUGACGAGGUGUACGCCCUGGUGGAGUCGUGGACGCUGAAAUACACCAAGUUCGAGGUGAUGGAGCAUCUGAACGCGAUAAAUGUGCCCUGCGGCCCGGUGCUGGACAGCGCCGACCUGUUUGAGGACGACCACUUGCGGGCGCGCGACAUGAUCGUCGAAGUGCCGCACCCGCAGCGCGGCUCCUUCAAGACGGUCGGCAGCCCGCUGAAAUUGUCGGAUUCGGCGGUGGACAUUACCUCGUCUCCGCUGCUGGGCGAGCACACCGCCGAGGUCUUGGAACAGGUGAUGGGCUACGGCACGGACGAGGUCGACAAACUGCGACAGGACGGGGUGAUUUAA